AUGACUUCGAAUGAUAACAAUAACAAUGCACCUCCUGAUGAAGCACAUGAUGGAGAUGCUCCUCCAUUAGGUUUUGAAGAUGCUGUCGAACAACAACCAGAUUUAGAUGAAGAAAAUAGAAGACGUUUUCCACAAAUACCUCCAUUAGCAUUACAUCCUUGGGAAGGUAUUGAACAACAACCAAUAGGAGAUGAAGAUGAUGAUGCGGAUGAUGAACAAGGAAUGAAUGUUCUUGAAAAUCAUCUAAAUCAUGAACAAGAACAACUCAAUCGUUUGCAAGAACAAAUACGUAAUAUUCAACGACAUUUAUUACUCGAUUUAAAUAAUCGCGGUGAAGAUUUAGGAGACAUGGAUAAUGAUAAUGAUGAUGACGAUGAUGAGAAUGCAGAUUGGGAGGAUGCAGAAGUCGCAUCAUCUGGUGAGGAAAAUCAAGAUGGUACGAUAACGUAUGAUCGUCUCUUACCAACAACACAUUCAUAUAUGAAUGUUGAAAAUUUUCAAGAAUUUAGUGGUGUUUGUUUAUUAUCUGAUGACCGUCGUUGUCUUUUACAUAUUGUUGAAUUAGCAAAUAUGAUUUUAAUACCAAAUCAAACUGUUCCCUGGCAAGUUUUUAAUACACGUACAGCACGAAUGAUUAAAGAGGCUAAACAAGAAAAUCGUUUAUUUGGUGUUAUUGAUGCAUGUUCAUCAUUAAUAACAAAUGAUCCAAAAUAUGGUACAACAGCUGAAAUUGUUUCUUAUUAUGAAGAAUCCAAUGAUGAUUCAUUACAAUUAAAAAUUAUCGGUCGACAGCGUUUUAUUAUUGAUGAUCCAUCAACAAUGAAACGUGAUUUAAAUGGUAUGCUUCGUGCUUAUGUAAGAAUUUUACCUGAUAUGGAAUUAAAACGACCACCAUUACCAGUUAUAAGUCAAAAUUAUAUUCAUACAAUUAAUUUUGUAUUACAAUAUGAUUUAUGUUUACAACGACAAAAACGUUUUAAUCAAAAAUAUAUUAAUGAUGAUGAACAACCAACUAUUGGAUGUGGUCAAGCAUUAAUUAAUUUAAUUAAACGAAAACGAACAACAUCAUCAUCAUCAUCAACAGCUUCACAUGAUACAAAAAGUCUAGUACUUCCCAAUGUUUCAAAACAACAUUUAUUUCGUAUGCGUUCUCGUACAUGUCCUUGGUCUUUAACACCUUAUCCAUAUUGGGUUAUACGUCGAUAUGAUGAUAUAUAUAUUAUGUCAUUAAUUAAACUUGAAUUAAGUAAUACAAUGCUAGCUAAUGAUGAUGGUUCAUUACCUGUAACACCAGAUCAUUUUGCUGAUUGGUUAUUAAUUAAUAUUCCUUUUGAAAUUCAAACCAUACAAAAAAUUUUAUCAUUUCUUACAACUAUUCAAAGAUUACGUUUUGUUUUAUCUUGGCUUAGACGUUAUAAAAAAUUUGCUUGUCGUCAUUGUGCAGCAGAUAUUUGCGAAGAUCGUGAUAUAUUUUCAAUGUCUGCGACAGGAUUAAUGGCAGCAUAUGUGAAUCCUCAUGGACAAAUUCAUGAAACAUUAACUGUUCUUCAAGCAAAAAAUAUUCGUCUACUUGGUCCUGAAGUAGCUGAACAUUCAUGGUUUCCUGGAUAUAAGUGGACAAUAGUUCAAUGUCGUUUAUGUGGUAAUCAUCUUGGUUGGCGUUUUCGUAAUUCAUCACUUAAACCAUCAACCUUCUACGGUUUAACUCGUAAUGGAUUGAUUUUUGCUAAGAAUACGACAGGUAGUGAUGAAGAAGAAGAAAUAGAAGAGGAAAGACCAACACGACAUUCGACAGUUAGUGAAGAAGAACAUUGA